AAUUACUUAGUAUGCAUACGAAAAAACUACAUUUGUACUGUGCCUUUUUAAUACAAUUGAUUAUUUUCGAUUUCAGUUAUGGGAUGACACGACAACAACUCAAGAACUCCGGGAAACUAAUGAAAAAGUCAUGCAUGCCUAAGAACGAUGUUACAGAAGAGGAAAUUGGUGAAAUAGAGCAGGGGAAAUUUAUAGAGGAUCGAAAAGUUAUGUGUUACAUAGCUUGUGUGUACACCAUGAGUCAAGUAAUAAAAAAUAAUAAACUGAACUACGAAGCAGUUCUGAAGCAGGUGGACAUGAUGUUUCCCGCAGAGAUGAAGGAUGCUGUGAAGGCUUCUGCUACACAUUGCAAGGAUAUUUCAAAGAAGUACAAGGAUAUAUGUGAGGCAUCAUACUGGACCGCUAAGUGUAUGUACGACUUUGACCCGAGCAACUUUGUAUUUCCUUGACGUGCUAUAUAAAUAAUAAAAUAUAUACAAUUCGC